CGUCAGUAUCAGCUGUGAAGGCUUUCGAGUCAAACGAUUUAUAUAAUAUAAUCUCUGCAAGUUUGUGAUUUUCAUAGAAAAAUGAAUUUAAGAAAAUUGUCAUCACUAUUCCGUCUAGUCACAGCAACUGCUCGCACAAAUCAUCUGAAAAAUCGGAUAGAACCUGUUGCUCUCUUCCGCCAAAGUAGAAAUAGACGAUGGAGAACUAGUCACAUCACAAACGUUGGAGGUUGUAUUUUACUAUCGUCCGGAUUCCUGUCAUUAUUUAAGCGUGACAGUGACGAUGAGAACUCCCCCGAACAAAAACUUAUCAUGACAAUAAAACGGUCAAUUCUAUGCAUACAAAAGGAGGAAUAUGAUAAAGCGGAACAAAUGCUUCACCUUGCUCUUCGAAUGGCCCAAGAUCUUCAGAGCAAAGAUGGUAUCACUUAUGUUUACGACUUAAUGGCAAACUUGGCGUUAGAGCGUGAGCAAUUCAAAAAGGCUGAAAAGUUGUUUGUUGAUGUUAUGAAGCGCUUAUUUGCAGACGGAUUUAAAGAAGACGAUAUCAAGGUUCUACACAUAAGCUCUAAAGUAGCCCACAUCGCCCAACUCGAGGGGCAAAUCGACAAGGCACUUCAGGGGUUCAACUGGACUCUGUUAAAACUCGAAGAGAAGCUGAAACAGCUGCCUACUGAUGAAGAAAUACGAGAACUUUGGGGGCUUACCAAAAACUGGUACGGCCAAACAUUGAUGGAGAAUCAAAACUAUCUUGAAGCAAAAAAACAUCUAUUAGAAGCGUUUGCUGUCUUCACUGAGAUACAUGGAAAAUUCAAUUCUGAAGCUCUCACCAUGUUAAAUAAUUUAAGUGUCGCAUGUACAUAUCUUGACGACAUAACAGAAGCACGAAAAUUUCUCGACGAAGCCCUGGAGAUUGCCAAAGAACUACCGGAUGCCGCUGAAACCGGAAUGUUGAAAGCGAAUCUCGGUUUACUGUAUCUGAAACAAGGUUUAUUGCAACAAGCAAAAGAUGCAUGCACGUUUGCAUGGCGAUUUGGCAAAAAGAUGAAUCAUAAAGACAUCGUCGACCAGGCCGAUAAUUGUUUAAAACUAAUUAAUGAAUUUAAUAAGUAGAAAAUUUUUUUAAUGGUGCUGAUUUGUUAUUGUUUACUUUUUUGUACAAAGCUUUUUACAAUUUAUAACUACUUAAAAACGAUGUAAAUUAUUAGUGAUAAAGUUAUGGUUGCUCGAAGUGCAAUAUGUAAAAUGAAAAUAAAUGUUCUUGUUGUCGAGA